AUGUCAGAUAUUCGAGCCGUCAAGAGAUACGCAGCUCAACACGACCUGUUCAACAGAUUACAUUCGAUAUCGGCGGAUGAGAGAUUUGUUAAGGAUGUAGCGGAGAAUUGGUUUGAUGGGAGGUUUGAUGUCGUCCCUAAUCAGCGGUGUGGGAACUGGUACUGUGAUCCAUCUACCAGCUCGAAAGCUUAUGCUUAUUUCAAGUCUACUGAUGGACAUAUGACGCAAUGGGAUUUCAAUUUGAGGAGAUCUAAUUUGAGUUUGGCUAAAUAUGCUGAAGAUCGCGGAGGGUUGAUACUGGUAGAUUCGACGAGAAGAGGCAAAAGGAUGCCUGAUGGCCUAUCCAAGACUGUUCCUAUAUGGUGUUGCGUGAUCAAUUUGGCAAUCGAGUUACGGCGGAAUAUACCACUAGACGAGGAGUGGGAUACAGAAUUAUAUUUACCUCCUAAGGUAGUUUCACCUUCGGAAAAAUCACAGAUAGAAGAUCGGAUGGACGAAUGGGCAGAGACUCUCGAGAAAUCUUCCCUUCCAUUACCCAACCUCAUUAAACCCUUACGACCCUUCUUCGUUCACCCAUCCACCUCCACUCCACCUACGAUACCUCUCAAUCCACCUUAUACACCCAUAAUAUGUCUCUCGGCCUCGCGCUGGGUGAAUAAUCCAGAUGAUCAAAUACCAUCAGUCACCAGGCUAGGAGAUACAAAUAGGACGGUCGGCUUCGAUUAUGUACCUGGAGCAGGGGACGAUGAUGAGCUUUGGGCUAGAGGUUUAACACCUACGUUAUUCCAUUCCAACAAACCCGACCUCCUCAAAGCGGAAAGAGAUGAUUUACCUUCCCUGGUAGAUGAAUUGGUCUUAUCCCAUGCGAUGUCGAAACUGCCUGCUCCCUCAGCUUCUUGCCUCAAUUCAAAUUCUCUUUCAAGUAUUGGUGAAAGUACGAUCGGUAUACCCGACGAAUCCUCGAGAAUAGCAUUAAUUAUCGGAUCACCUAUCAUGACUACAUCUACCCAAUGGAAAUACUCAACUUCCUCGGGUAAUACGAUAAUAGUCAGAGUAGUGGAAUAUGAGAAAUAUCCCAAAGACCUACCUCGAGCGCUUACUCUUACGCCCAAAGAGAAGACACUGGCAGUGGCUAAUUCCAAAACCGAAGGAAAAGCCUAUGAAUUGACGUUAAGCGAGUUAGUUGAAUUUGUGAGGAGCCAAGGAGAAGAUAGUGGUGUGGUGUUGGUACAUGGGAGAAAAGAAGAUGUGGAAUUAGCCUUGAAGAUAUAUCAGGAAUCACAAGCACAGCCACAAGAUGGACAGGAAAAGCAGGAAGAAAGAGUGAAACUCAAUGAACCACCUGAGCCUUCAGUAGAAGGUAGGAAAUUGAUUUUACCCCUUGCACUGGCUCUGAUCUGCUCGGCAACAAACGAAAAAGAACUGCAAGAGGAAAAGAAGGAUGUUGUAUUGACAAAGAGCGAUAUAGCUGUCAAUUUACAUGGUUUAAUCUCGCUUUGGCCGGAUGGGAAUCCGUCUAGAGCUAGUUUGAAGAGAGUGAAUGAGUUUUUGAUGUCUGGUGAUCGGGGGAGGAAAUGA